AUGGGGUCGCACACGCUCACGGCGCCCGUGCGCGUCUUCUCGUGGACCGCGCGUCUCUUGGAGCUCGUCUUCCUGGCGCUGCUCAUCACCUUCGUCGCCUACCUCUCCAAGGACAAAACCGCCGCGCCGCUCGCCGUGUACGGCGGGCUGUCCACGUGCUUCAACUGCGACAACGGGUGGAACUGGCACGUGCUGCUCAUGGGGAUCGCCUUCGGCAUCGCCAUGACCGAAUCCCUCCUCACCUUCUGCUCCUCCUCCCUCAGGUACGACAGUAACCCUUUCCCUCCCAACCUCCCCUUUCUCUCCUCUCUUCCCCGCCUUGCUGGUCUUCUCGUUUUCCUAAGACGAGUUCGGGAACGCCAAGAGGAUGCACCCGGC